AGAGACCGUACCACGUGUACUAUGUGUUGACUGUCACUUCCACCAGUGGGCUGCAGUUCCUGGACCCGGGGAAUUCGGUGUGAUCCUGCCGGCCUGAGGCCACUUCCCCGCUGCGAUGAGCGCCCUGGGCGCAUUGUCUUUUACCCAGCAGGCCUGGGAGCAGGUGUUAGCCAAAGCGAAGCGGGCUCUGGUGUACCUGGACGCCGCCUGUGCUGAGAGCCUGCACUGGAGCUGCGGCUCUGGGCGGCUGCUCGAGGCAGUGGGGGGUCCUGCAUGUGACCUACGGGAGUUCGGACCGCAGGCGGCCGGAGGGGGACCCAGACAGCCCAAAGCCGUCUUCGUGCUGAGCUGUCUGCUCAAGGGCCGGACUGUGGAGACCCUGAGGGACAUCCUCGGCCGAAGCCACUUUCAGUACUGCGUGGUGGUCACAGCCGUGGGCCACCCCGCCCACCUUACUGCCAGCCACCUGCCGGCCGGGGCAGUGGCUGAGUUGGAAGGGCAGCAGCCGGUGUUCGAGCAGCUGGAAGAGAAGCUUUGUGAGUGGAUGGGCAACAUGAACUACACGGCCGAGGUACUGCACUCCCCUCUGUUGCUUGCCCCCGUCGCGCCACAUCUAGCCUUAACCCCAGCCUUCGCCUCUCUCUUUCCUCUUCUACCCCGGGAUCUGAAGCUCCUGAACAGCGAACGGCCUGACAAGAGGAAGCUGGGAAGUCUAGCUGAGGUGGAUGCCUCCACCCUGACCCCUGAGCUCCUCCUGCAAAUCAGGUGCCUGGUGUCCAGCCUCAGUUCCUUUUGUGAGUAUCUCGGCGUCCGGGAGGAAUGUUUCUCCGUCGGGACCCUUAGCCGCAUUAUCGCCUCUGACCUGGCCAACUAUGCACCUGCCAAGAACAGGAGAAAGGCCGCUGCAGGCAGGGCAUCAGUUGUUUUUGUGGACCGGACCUUGGAUCUUACAGGAGCAGUUGGACACCAUGGAGACAACUUAGUAGAGAAGAUGAUUUCGUUUCUUCCCAAACUUCCAGGCCACACGAAUGAUGUGAUGGUUAAUAUGGUGGAACUCACUGCACUCCAGACAAAGGAAGAGAAUUAUACUAUGAUAGCACCUGGCUGCUUAGCCCAAUCCAAUGACACACCCGCAAGGGCCCUCUGGGAGUCUUUACUGACCACCAAGCACAAAGAAGCUCUGAUGGAAGUUAGGAGACACCUGGUGGAAGCAGCUAGUAGAGAGAACCUGCCCAUCAAAAUGAGCAUGGGACGAGUUACUCCUGGGCAGCUCACCUCUUAUAUCCAGCUUUUCAAGAAAAACUUCAAAGCCUUGGAGAGUCACUGUGGUCUCCUACAGCUUGGGCUGGCUGCAGUCCAGACUUUGAAACAUCCCAUGUCUUCCAAGUGGGACAACUUUUUGGCUUUUGAAAGGCUGCUUCUCCAGAGUAUUGGGGAAUCAUCGAUGUCCAAUGUACUGAAUCAGUUGCUGCCCAUAAUUAAGUCUUUUAGCCAGAGGACCAGUGAUGACUACAGCCCAGAAGACCUUUUGGUCUUGCUAGUGUACAUUUAUUCGGUUGUUGGAGAAAUCCCAGCUGACAAAGACCUGGAUACAGCUGAAGAAAUGGUGAAGAUGGCACUGACUGUGGUCUUCUCAGAAGAACCCAAUUUGUCUCCUUUGCUGCAGAACGUUUUAGGCUGUGAAUCUUCAAUUAACCUGACGUUUCAGAAGGCCAGAGUGGCUGUGGAUGAACUCUUUGAGUCACUCCACGAUAUCACCACAGCCCGAAGUCUCAUGAAACAGUUUAAAUCUGUGUAUAUUCCUGGAAACCACACCCACCAGGCAACCUAUAAGCCGCUGCUGAAGCAAGUUGUGGAGGAGAUACUGAAUCCAGAGAGACCGGAUCAUGUUGAUAUCGAGCACACGUCUUCAGGCCUCACUGAUCUUCUUAAAACUGGAUUUAGCAUGUUCAUGAAGGUGAGCCGCCCUCAUCCCAGUGACCAUUCGCUACUGAUCCUCUUUGUGGUUGGUGGGGUGACAAUCUCGGAGGCCAAAAUGGUGAAAGACCUUGUUUCUUCUCUGAAGCCAGGAACACAGGUAAUUGUUCUGUCCACGCGACUCCUGAAACCACUUAACAUUCCGGAGCUGUUAUUUGCAACAGAUCGACUUCAUCCAGACAUUGGCAUCUGAGCCAGAUACAUCUGCAAAAAAGAUAAGACUUAGCCAGGCUGGAAAUACCUGUACUAUUGUCUGUCACCAGUUGAGAUGUGCCUCCCAAACUGAGCGGCCCUGUUACUAAUUGGAGGUAUAAUUGAAUUCUGCCUGAAGGACCCUGAUAACUGGGGGGGAAAUGUACUUUGCUUGGAUUGUACUAGUUAAAAAAAGACCCUUUUUCUGUUUCUAAAGGUGUCAAACUGUCAUUCAUUCAGCUCCCACCUCAUUAGUGAUAUUUCCCAGUUGUACUUAACCCUCUACUUUGCUAUCUAGUGAUUAGACUUGCCAGCUCGUUAAUCCCAAAGAAAUACUUGUUGGCAAACCUAUUAGAUACAUUACAAUUUUUCUUAUUUGCAGCUAGUCUAUACCCCCAGUUGGAAAGCUGGCCAAUACAUGCUUCAGAGUAAAGGAGAAAGGCAGGUUUUUCUUUGAGAUUGUGAGAUAUCUGUGACAAACAGUACCACUGCAAAUAGAGAUUGGGGGCCCUUUAAGUCUGAAACUCUGGGGGAGGAGGGUAGGGAUAUUGGGGGUUAGCAAGCACAGUAAUUGUGGUCCAGCAAGAGGAGUACUAUGCAAACUAGCUUGUCUUCCUAAGUUCUCUAGGCUCAUACUGAAGGAGCAGAACAGCCAUUCCACACUGGGAUGGCAAUUCAGAAUGAUAGAGUCUGGGCUACAGAUUGGCAUCCCACUUCCUCUAUUUAAGCUCUUCUCCCAGCUCAAGGGAAAGGCUGAGUCAGAAAAUAAUUGUUCCCAACAGGCAUAUGCUAUAGCCCCCUUUGAAGUUUCUGUCUAAUUCUAAUGUGCAUUGAAAUGUAAAGCUUCAGUUUCUGAAAAUCUAACUUUUUCUUUACUCAGAAGCUAAGAACCUAAACCCGAUGAAGGAGGGGUAAUGUUAAGAGCUCUGAAAAACCAAAUGGGCUCUCUGGGACCAGACAUGAUAGUAGGUGGGGAAAACGCCAUCUGAUUUGAUUCCACAAUUGAUGGGAAACCUCUGUUAGCCACAGAAGAUGUUUGCACUGGUUGAUAAAGCUGGAAACAAUACCUCUUGUGAAUUGAUGUACAGGUUGUAGCAAUAAAAUGAAACCAAACCAA